AUGACCGGCCGUCGUGGUCGUGGUCGUCCUUCUCUUGCUGAGAGCUUGGCUUCCACCCGAACCAAGGCAAUAUCUGCUUCAUCCAAGAAUCUGCCAGGUCCCCAAGCUCCCGAGGUUGACACCUCGACACCCACUGCUGCCCCUAGAGGUCGCGGCAGACCUCGCAAAUCGGUUGCUGCCACCGCCGAGUCCGUCUCCUCGGCCCCCUCUGCUGCGGCCUCUGCCGAUUUUACUUCAGCUAGCGAGGAUUCGACUCCCGCCACCAGCAAUGUCGCUACCCCCGCUCCAUCUGUAGCAGCUGGUGGAGGUUUGAGGCAGACCACGCGCUCUCGCAAGUCGGCUGCAAACUUCGAGAUAGCACUCCCAACUGCCGCGGAUCUCUCUCGCGAGCGCGCUCUGCGACAUAGCAAGUACUCACUCAACCCCCAGCCCAAGCGCAAGCGUUUCGAGCUCGGAGACAGCGAAGACGACGAACUUUACUCAGACAACUCUCCUGAUGCCAUCGUUGCUCGCCGCCACCAGAACGAAGAAGACAGCAAGCUCGAUGUUAAGAGCACCAUUGGUGUUUCUGCCCAGCCCAAGCGCAAGCGUUUCGAGCUUGGAGACAGCGAAGACGACGAACUUUAUUCAGACGGCUCUCCUGAUCCCAUUGUUGCUGGCCGCCUCCAGAAGGAAGAAGACAGCAAGCUCGGUGCCAAGAGCACCAUUGGAGUUUCUGAUGCUGAUCUCGCCUUGCGAUUGCAGCAAGAGGAAUACUCUCAGAUUCCGCUGGCGGUGGGUAACUCGCUGCGCGGUCGACGCAACCUGAAGCCACAGACUGUCCAGUCUUCCGCUGCUGGCCUUAGUGAGGCUGAUUCCGAUGACGAGCCUCUUGCUGCACGAGGUCGUGGCCGUCCUAAGAAGGCAGCUUCCGCCAAGAAGCCUGCCAUAAAGAAGCAAAAGACCUCCAAUAUCGCCGACGACUCUGACUCUUCUCUGUCGGAAUUGUCACUGUCCAACCAAGAUAGCGACUCGGAGGACGUUUACGGCCCGCCAAAGAAGACGUCGAAACCUGUCAAGAAGCCGGCUAAGAAGUCUGCCAGACAGUCCACGCGCCGCCCUACUCCUCAAAUGCUUCCAGAAUCCAGCAUCGACGAGGAUGAAUACACGGAUGAGGCCUCUGUCACAACCGAGUCGAGCGACGACAACGACAAUGACAAUGGUGAUCUGCAAGCCGCCAUCGCCAGACAGUCUCGUCACCGCCGCGCUUAUCAGCACGGCUCUCGUCGCCGAGGCAGGAUGGAGCGUAACAGGCUCGAGCUGCACCAUCCAGAGAUUAAGACGAUGUGGGAUGAGCUUCGGGCCCUUCCUCCCAUAAGGCCUGAGAAGAUCGCCCAGCCAGCGCAAAUCUCUCGUCAACUCAAGCCUUUUCAGCUCGAGGGUGUCGCGUGGAUGAUCGCCAUGGAGAAGACGGACUACAAGGGUGGUCUUCUUGGAGAUGAGAUGGGCCUUGGCAAGACCAUUCAAGCAGUGUCGUUGAUAAUGUCCGACUAUCCUGCUAAGAAGCCCUCUCUUGUUCUGGUCCCACCGGUCGCUUUGAUGCAAUGGCAGGCUGAAAUUGCCUCUUACACCGACGGCACUCUCAAGACUUUCGUUUACCAUGGUUCCCUCGCCAAGGCAAAGCAGAUGACCCUCAAAGAGCUUAAGAAGUUUGAUGUCAUCAUGAUGUCCUACAACAGUCUCGAGUCCAUGUUCCGCAAGCAAGAGAAGGGUUUCACCCGCAAGGACGGCAUUCACAAGGAAGAGAGUUUGAUUCACCAGAUCGACUUCCACCGCGUUAUUCUCGAUGAGGCUCACAGCAUCAAGGUGCGAACCACCAUGACGGCCAAGGCUUGCUUCGCUCUGAAGACGCAGUACAGAUGGUGCUUGACUGGUACUCCCCUCCAGAACCGCAUCGGCGAAUUCUUCUCUUUGAUUCGCUUUCUCGAAAUUACGCCAUACGCAUCCUACUUGUGCAAGCAGUGCCCUUGUGCUGGCUUGGAAUGGAGUCUGGAUGACGACCACCGCUGCAAGAGCUGCAAUCAUGCUGGUAUGCAGCAUGUGUCCGUCUUCAACCAAGAGCUUCUCAACCCCAUCCAGAAGUUUGGCAACUAUGGCCCGGGGGCCGAGGCUUUCGAGAAGCUUCGUCUGAUGACCGGUCGUAUCAUGCUUCGUCGCCAGAAGAAGGAUCAUACCAAUGCGAUGGAGCUUCCCGUCAAGGAGAUCUACGUCAACCGACAGUUCUUCGGCGAAGUGGAGAAUGACUUCGCCAACAGUAUCAUGACCAAUGGUCAGCGCAAGUUCGAGACGUACGUCUCCCAGGGCGUUUUGCUCAACAACUACGCCAACAUCUUCGGACUCAUUAUGCAGAUGCGCCAAGUCGCCGAUCACCCCGAUCUCAUCCUCAAGAAGAACGCUGAGGGUGGCCAGAAUACUCUCGUCUGCUGUAUCUGUGACGAGGCUGCCGAAGAUGCAAUCAGGAGCCGCUGCAAGCACGACUUCUGCCGUGCGUGUGCUAGAAGUUAUCUCAUGCAGUCUGACCAGCCUGAUUGCCCGCAGUGCCACAUUAGUUUGGCGAUCGAUCUUGAGCAGCCCGAAAUCGAGCAGGAUGAGACACAAGUCAAGAAGUCGUCCAUCAUCAACCGCAUCAAGAUGGAGAACUGGACGUCUUCUUCCAAGAUUGAGCUCCUUGUUCAUGAGCUCCACAAGCUGCGUUCCAACAACGCCUCUCACAAGUCCAUCAUCUUCUCGCAGUUCUCGUCUAUGUUGCAGUUGAUUGAGUGGCGCCUUCGUCGCGCUGGCAUUACCACUGUGAUGCUGGACGGUAGCAUGAGCCCCGCGCAGCGUCAAGCAUCCAUCAAUUGCUUCAUGACGAAGCCCGAGGUUGAAUGCUUCCUUGUGUCUCUCAAAGCCGGUGGCGUGGCUUUGAACCUCACUGAGGCAUCCCGUGUCUUCAUCGUUGACCCUUGGUGGAACCCUGCAGCGGAAUGGCAGUCCGCGGACCGCUGCCACCGCAUCGGUCAAACUCGUCCUUGCACCAUCACUCGUCUCUGCAUCGAAGACUCUGUUGAGAGCCGUAUGGUUCUGAUUCAGGAGAAGAAGACAAACAUGAUCAACUCUACCGUCAACUCUGACGAGAAAGCAAUGGAGUCCCUCAGUCCGGAGGACAUGCAGUUCCUUUUCCGAGGCUCUUAG